CCGCUGUCGAAGAACGCGCCGACGCUGAACACGUUGCGCAGCAUGCAGCACCUACGCCCGCGGUUUGCGGUGUGCGCGGCGGUCUUCCGCAUCCGCUCGCAGCUCGCGUUCGCGACGCACCAAUUCUUUCAAGGCCGCGGCUUCCAGUACGUGCAUACGCCGAUCAUCACCGCGGCGGACUGCGAAGGCGCGGGGCAGAUGUUCCAGGUGACGACGCUGCUGCCCGAGGGACUGCAGGCGGCGAAGCUGCCGGCGACCGAGCAGGGCGCGGGCGGCUACAGCAAGGACUUCUUCGGAAAGCCGGUCAGUUUGACGGUGUCGGGGCAGCUCGCGGUCGAGAACUUCUGCCACGCGCUGUGCGACGUGUACACGUUUGGGCCGACGUUCCGCGCGGAGAUCAGCCACACUUCGCGGCACCUCGCGGAGUUCUGGAUGAUCGAGCCGGAGAUGGCCUUUGCCGAGCUCGAGGACAACAUGGAGUGUGCGGAAGCGUUCGUAAAGUUCUGCGUGCAGUUUCUGCUGGACCGCGCGCACAGCGACCUCGAGUUCCUCGACGCGAAGGUCGAGCGCGGACUGCUCGAGCGGCUGCAGAACAUCGUCAGUUCGAGCUUCGCACGCAUCACGUACACCGAGGCCGUCGAGUUGCUGCGCGCGCAGAAGGAAGUGGCGUUUGAGCUGGAACCCGUGUGGGGCGACGACCUGUGCAGCGCUCACGAACGCUACCUGAGCGAAGUGGUCUUCAAAAAGCCGGUGAUCGUCACCGACUACCCGUAUGCGCUGAAGGCGUUUUACAUGAAGUUGAACCCGGGCGGCAAGACCGUGCGCGCGAUGGACGUGCUGGUGCCGAAGAUCGGCGAACUGAUCGGCGGCUCGCAGCGCGAGGAAAACUUGGAGUUGUUGCUCAAGCAGAUGGAAGACAAACACAUAGACAAGGCGGAGCUCGAGUGGUACCUAGACUUGCGGAAGUUCGGCACCGUGCCGCACUCGGGCUUCGGGCUCGGGUUCGAGCGGCUCGUGAUGCUGUGCACCGGCAUCGAGAACAUUCGCGACGUGAUUCCGUACCCGCGCUACGUCGGCAACGCACUCUUUUAA